AUGCUCGUCCGCGUGCGCUCCAAAAAUGGCACAUGGCGCGUGGAAGACCUGACCCCUUCUUCUACCAUCGCAGAUAUUAAGCGAUGGAUUUUUGAGCAACACUCUAUUUCUCCACAGCAGCAGCACUUGACAUUGGAUCUACAGAGCAUGCAGAAGACCACAGAUACACAGACUCUACGUGAACUUCGCGUAGGCCACGGUGAUAUGUUAUUCCUAGAUUACGAUGGUGAUUCAGUGAGCACUGGAGGCGUCAUAGGAACCAAGAUCAAAUCAGAUGGUACACUCACGCACGUGGCGUACAAUGAUCGCGCUGACAAGCAGUCGUUUCGUCCGGGAAUGAAGUCACUGCGUGACAUGAAGAUGCACUGGACAUUAGGCGAGUUCAUGCGCAUGGACGCCCAGUUCGAAUUCAAGAUCAGUGCACAGAAAGAACCACACGUAGCUAAAGUACAUCUGGACGGUGCAAGCUGCAAUGAUUUCCAAGCUUACCUGCGUCAAUUUGCUUUCCAGCAGUCACGCUGUGGCUGGCUUUACGGCUCAGUGGAUGUCGAGACUAAGGAAGUGACGGUGGAUUUUAUCUAUGAACCACCACAAGAAGGUAAUCCAUAUGGCUUUGAAGUGCUAGAUGACACGAAUGUAGACAAAGUGGACGCUGUAGCAGAAGCGCUCGGCUGUGAAAAAGUCGGCUGGGUCUUCUCGCAUCCUCCACGUGAAGACAACGACUUCCACUUCUCUGCGCGCGAGAUUUUACUGGCAGCACAGCUUCAGGCUGAUGCAGGCAGCAAAAGCUCGCUCUUUCUCACACUAAAGGUAACGUUGGAUAAAGAAGGUCAGGCGUCGUUUGAGGCUUUCCAGGUCAGCGACCAGUGCGUCGAAAUGUUCGCAGCUGGUGCACUGCUGGAGAGCGAACAAAACUCGAAGGCAUGUACAGUCAGUGACACCUUUACAGCUCUUGUGGAAGCCAAGCCGGCGACUGAGGUAGACAAUAACUUUUUUCUGUGCGUGGUGCCCGUGGUACCGCACAAAUCUUCGCUGCGUUGCGAGUUUCCCAAGCUCAACAGAGAAGGCUCGUACCGUACCCGUGCGGUACUCAAGUCUCAGUUGCAGAAGUACCGCAACGAGCCGUAUGCCAAACGCAUCAGCGACUUCCAACUGCUCGUCUUUUUGGCAGAGUUCCUUGAUCUACAGACGGAUAUCCCGUCCAUCUGCCAAGCCGUACGUGACCCGAACAUCUCGUUAGACUCGGGCUACCCGAUUCUUAUUGACUCCGUCGCAGGUAGCCAAUGA